AUGGGCGCCUAUCUCUAUGGGCGCCUAUCUCUAUGGGCGCCUAUCUCUAUGGGCGCCUAUCUCUAUGGGCGCCUAUCUCUAUGGGCGCCUAUCUCUAUGGGCGCCUAUCUCUAUGGGCGCCUAUCUCUAUGGGCGCCUAUCUCUAGGGGGCGCCUAUCUCUAGGAGCGCCUAUCUCUAGGGGCGCAUAUCUCUAUGGGCGCCAAUCUCUAGGGGCACCUAUCUCUAUGGGCGCCUAUCUCUAUGGGCGCCUAUCUCUAGGGGCGGCUAUCUCUAUGGGCGUCUAUCUCAAGGGGCGCCUAUCUAUAGGGGUGCCUAUCUCUAUGGGCGCCUAUCUCUAUGGGCGCCUCUCUUUAGGGGCGCCAAUCUCUAGAGGCGCCUAUCUCUAUGGGGCGGCUAUCUCUAGGGGCACCUAUCUCUAUGGGCGCCUAUCUCUAGGGGCGCCUAUCUCUAUGGGCGGCUAUCUCUUUGGGCGCCUAUCUCUAUGGGCGCCUAUCUCUAGGGGCGCCUAUCUCUUGGGGCGCGUAUCUCUAUGGGCGCCUAUCUCUAUGGGCGCCUAUCUCUAUGGGCGCCUAUCUCUAUGGGCGCCUAUCUCUAGGGGUGCCUAUCUCUAUGGGGUGCCUAUCUCUGUGGGCGCUUAUCUCUAUGGGUGCCUAUCUCUGGGGGCACCUAUCUCUGUGGGCGCCUAUCUCUAUGGGCGCCAAUCUCUAGGGGCGCCUAUCUCUAGGGGCGCCUAUCUCUAG